AUGAUCUUAUGGAUUAGCAAUAUUGUUUUCCGAAAAUUUUAUGGCGAUAAUGUAAAUGAACUAGAUGAAGGACUUCCACCUCUUCGAUGGUUUAUAUCCACUUUCAUUCCACUAUUUAUUGUUGUAUGGGGUUACACCAAACGUAGUUUAAACCUAAGUGGAGCACUAUUAGGUGUGAUUGUUGGUUUUGUAUUGACACURAGCAGCUAUGGAUUUCUGGCAUGUUUGCUAACAUUUUUUGUUACAUCUUCCAGAGCUACAAAAUUUCGGAGUAAAACUAAAAAACAAUUGGAACCUGACUUUAAAGAAGGUGGACAAAGAAACUGGAUACAAGUGUUAUGUAAUGGAGGAAUGGCUACUCAACUUGCGCUCUUGUACAUUUUAGACGUCGGAUGUGGUGAACUACCUGUUGAUUUCAAACGUUAUUAUCGGCCUUCUUGGUUAUCCAUUGGUAUUCUUGGUGCUUUUUCUAGUUGUAACGGUGAUACUUGGGCUUCAGAAUUAGCAACAGUCUUGGACACAGGCUUGCCCAUAUUAAUAACAACUGGUAAACCUGUUCCCAAAGGUACAAAUGGUGGUGUGUCAGUAAUUGGAUUGGUUGUCAGUCUAUUGGGUGGCAUGGCUGUCGGAUUAGCAAAUUAUGCAAUGCUUAUCUAUACAAUCGAUGCAGAAAUGUUAGCCAGAAGUCCUGUACAGUGGCCAAUAAUAGUAGCUGGAGGUUUUGCCGGAUUAGUUGGCAGCGUUGUUGAUUCAGUAUUAGGUGCCACCUUACAAUAUAGUGGUAAUUCUAUUUUUUCCUUUUUAAGUUUAAUAAUUUUUGUUUUGAUAUUCAGAACAUUCAACGAAACAUAUUUUACUAAAAUAUGGAUUAAAAUAAAGGUUGGCAUCAGAGCUGGAUUGGCUCAGCGACUUACCAUGUCAAACUCUAGAUGGGUUAUUUCUCAAACAUGA